AUGUCGUUAACCUGGCUCUCUUCCCCCCAAGGUCCGACCAAGGAGGACAUCCUAAUCUCGCAAAUCCUUUCUUUCAACGAAUCCACCUUUGACCUGAGAGAUCUCGCAACCGUCGGUGAUUAUGCGGGGUGUCUCUGGAAAUGCAUCCUGACUUUCAUGCAAACGCAUCGCGACUUCAAAGACUCAGACAGGGAUGUUGAUUUGUUCUGGAACAAGCUGUCAGCCGAGCGGGGAAAUGCAAAGCUUCCGCGGCACCAGCGGAAAGUGGAAUCGAUGCUGCAAGAAUGCCUCGAGGAGCUCCAGAAGAAGGGUGGGCCAGACAUGUCAUUCGGAACGGCAGUCCUGGUGGUUGCGAUCUACUCCCUACGAAAUCGGACGUUCCACCGCGACUAUGCAUCUGAAUCGAUUUCUGAGGAUCAGAUAACGAAGGCUGACAUAGCGAGAUUGAAUGAGUCGCGAUUCAAAUCAGAUACUCACCGUGAGGCGCUACAGGGUAUGAUGAAUCUGUACUCGCAUGGGUUGAGGAGGUUGUCCAAGGACUCGCCUUUGAAAGGUCGAAAUGAAAACAGGCAACGUCGCCAGAAAGAACAUGCUGAUGAGAUGGAUCAAUUACGAUCAAGCUGGGCCGAAUUUGAGCAACUUUGGCCUGAACUUGGUAGCAAUAUUUUGUUUAUCGCAUUCCGCUCUGCACAUGACAACAUCGAAAAUGAGCUCUUCCUCCAGCGUAUCCUCUUCAGACGACUCCGCUUUACCUCUUCUCCUUCCGACCCUUGCACUCCUGCAACAUAUCGGUCUUUCUUCAAAAGUCCUAACUCUGAUUCAUCUGACGGUGAGGAGUCAAAGCCCACCCCGCCACCCUCGUCGUACGACGCCAACAGUUCACCAAUUGCAUGCCACAAUGGCUCCUCGUACGCUUACAACGAUAUCCUUCUACAAUUCGAGAGAAAUCUCGAAAUCGACGAUCUUGCUCUCCAACUCGCCGAACGCGAAAACAACCAAGCCAAGAAGCACAACGGCACGGACGGCACCUACUUGUACUUGAAGAGGGCAGGUCGGGAACUGGCUGAGGCAGUUGGUGAAGACCGAGCGUGUAUGCUGACAAGCCGCGAGGCCAAAGCCCUUUUCGAAGCCCGCAAGGCAACCCUGGUCAGAACAAGACACUUCACAAUAUCCACGCCGGUCCUUGCCAAGGUCGGUGACUAUGCCGGAAGCCUUUGGAAUCUUCUUCUGCCGCUGAUGCAAGACGAGGGUUCAACCAUUACGAAAGUUUGUGCAUUUUGGUUUUAUUUGAAGGUAGACCUUCGCAGUGAGAACGACAGCGAUGGGAACUGCGAUGAUGAGAACGACGAUGAUGGGACGGAUGAUAAUAGAAUGGACGACAAUCGGAUGAACGAUGAUGAGAACAAUGAUACGCCCAACAUCUCCACCGCCGCCACAGAUCGCCCCCUAAAGCACUAUCUGGCAGAAGCCCUAGAAAAGGCCAAAGCAGAGGGGCUCACAGGCCUCAAGUUCAACACGGCGGUGCUGGCAAUCGAGCUCUACGCGUUGCGGAACAAGAAUUUCCACCGAGACAGAAGUAAGGGGUCUCUUGAUGGCGACAGGAACAUGGUCAUAAAGAAUCUUCACUGCAAGAAGGAUGUUUUGGAUAUGAUUCUGGAAAUGAUGAAGCUUUCGGCACCUCUGAUGUGA